CAUUUUUCAUAUUUUGUGCAAACAUUUAGUUGCAGUCUUUUGAAAUAACUUAAAAGUAAGAGUCAAAUAUGUCUGAAAAGAAUUUGAUUAUAAUUUUUUUCUUGAUACAAAGUAUUUCAUACGUGUUGUGUGGAUGUGAACUCAAAGAAGCCGAUGAUUGCGGAAUGAAAGGAAGUUUUUUCGGCAACCGAGAUGUAAUAGUGCCUACAAAUGAGGCUGAAAUGGAUCAACACUGCGGUCUAAUUCGUGAGAGUCUGAAAUGUCUGAACGACUUCACCGGGAACUGUCUGAAAGGGUUCGUUCAGACGACUAUUAAGAUGGCGGUCGGAAAUGCGGACAAACAUCUGAUGAAGAGGUGUGACAACAGUGAGGACAGGAAGGAGUUCUUAAAGCACGUCAAGUGUCUGACAGAUAAGUCAAAGAUGGAACCGAUGCACAUCUGCGCCGAGAAGAACUCAGUGAUGAUGGAGAAGUUGGUGGACGUGGCCCUCGAGGACCGGAUCCCCUCCGGGUGCUGUAUAUUCCACUCAUUCCAAGAGUGCAUUCGUAAGAAUAUGAAAGAGCAGUGCGGGGAUGAGGCCAAGGAUUACUGGGAUGAAGUGAUCAAUGAAAUUGCCGAGGAUUCAAUUUCGUACACCUGUUCUAACUAUGAAUCUGUCGAUAAAUGUGACAAAUCAUUGAAUCCCAAAGUUUGGAGUGAUUUGAAAGCAAUCGCUGACACUAAUGAUCACAACGUUUUGUCCAAAAGACAUAAAUACGGCUCAGGAUUUGCGCUCACUAUUGAAUUGCUUGAAAACCUUUAAAUUAUUGGUUAUAAUCAUUGCAUGAUAUUUUCAGUUGGUUAAUAAAUAUUUU